AUGGCAGGCUCAAUGUCUGGUCUCAGCUCUCCUUUGAUGCCAUGCGACCGCUCUGUCACCAUCCCUUGUCGGCGAUACGAUGCGGAUGCCACCCUGUUGCUCGUGGGGUUCGUCGGUGCCGGAAAGAAGACCCUAGGUAUCAUAGCAUCUGUCGCACUGCGGCGCAGAUUUAUUGAUUUCGAUGCUGUAUUUCGUCAGGAGGUGCACUUAUCUCCCCAGGAGUACAUUGCACAAAAUGGUCCCGCGCGAUACCGGGAGCUGGAGCUGAAAUUGACUCGCACUCUGCUAGAUAAAUGCUCCACAGGAUGUGUAAUUACCAUCUCGGGCGUGGGAUGGUCGGCAAAUCGCCAGCAGCAGGUGCUUUUGAAGGAGUUUGCACAGAACCAUCCCGUGGUGUAUGUCAGACGCGACAGGGUGGAUCUUCAACAGUUCAUCAUGACCACUAGCCCUGACAAGUUCAACCGGAUCUUUGAAGCGGGCAAUGAGUUCUUCCAGUCAUGCUCCAGCUUUGACUUUUUCAAUCACACACAGGAAGACAAGUUGACAGACUAUGCUGGUCGCCCACUCCCGGCGUAUAUCAAACUCAAGGAAGCUGAACGAGUGUUCCUGAGGUUCUUGCAUCAGGUCUUCGGGCGUGCUUAUCAUGUGCUCUACUCUUCGGACCCAUUUUCACCAUCUCAUACAUAUGCGCUGCAGGUGCCGCUAACCUGGCUGGAUUGCAAUCCGGACCUGGAACUAUUGGAGAGUGGCGCUGACGCGGUUACUCUUGUGAUUGACGGGGGAGUCGGUGAUAAUGACAAUGCCCGAUUCCUGGAAAGAAUUGCCAAGCACAUGGCGACGAUCCGGAAGCAUACUCGGAUUCCAAUAUUCAUCGAGGUUCCGCAGUCAGAUGCUAGACGCGGUGAGCUCUUGGAGAUGCUGCUUCGACUCGCACCCGAUGCUGUGGCAUGUCCUGUUGACGGCUGCGAAUUUAGCAAAUUAAAGCUGGCUAAAGGCCACACAAAGAUCAUUGCCACCUAUCAGUCAACCUCCUUGGCUAGGGACCAGAGCAUCCUUCCUGAAAUACGUUCUCUUCUGGAGAAUUCAGAAGAGCAAGGGUUCGACGCCUUUCGCGUUACUAUAGAGCCCAGCUUCCCAGGGGAUCUCACGAAUCUUACUUUACAACAACGGCUGGGUGAGGUAACAGACAUUCCCAUAACCGUAUACCAUAGUGGGCCACUCGGACGAGCAUCUAUAUGUCUAAAUCCCAUUCUCUCGCCAGUGGUCCUCCCAUCUCUUCCGGAUAGUGCCACAGGGGUCACACUCGCAUCGGCCCAGCAAGCACUUACAUCCUGCUACCUGCUUCCGAAACAAACCUUCACCGUCUUCGGCCAAAAAGUCCAAAACAGUCUCUCACCAGCAAUGCACAAUGCAGCCUACUCUGCCUGCGGUCUACCCCACACCUACAACAUAUUAUGCAGUGACCACUUCUCCGACAUCCACAAACUCCUAAACAGCGCCGAUCAUGGAGGAAUAGCUGUAACACUACCAUACAAAACGGACGUCCUCCCAUUACUAGACGAAGUCAGCCCAGAUGCCCAGGACAUCCACGCCGUAAACACGGUGGUCAUCGAGCACCGAAAUAGCAGUACCAACAGCCCCUCCAAGGUCCUUAAAGGCUACAACACAGAUUAUCUCGGGAUCCGUGACUGCAUCAACAAACAUCUCUCUCCCGCCAAUGCCAUCCGACACGGCACUACAGCCUUGGUAAUAGGCGCAGGCGGAAUGGCCCGCGCAGCCAUUUAUGCAUGCUACCAGCUCGGCGUCCGCCAGAUCUGCAUCUAUAACCGGACUGUUUCGAAUGCGCAGAAGCUAGCUGACUAUUAUACCCGGUGGGCUGAGAGGAAUAAUACCCAUCUGAAGAUCGAGAUUCUGCGAUCGAGUGACGAUGCGUGGCCGGAGGGCUUUCGUCAACCGACUAUUAUAGUGGCGUGUUUGCCGGCGCCGGCUGGGGGGCAGUUGAAGUCUCCUAUUACGAUGGAGGUGCCGGAGCAGUGGUUGAGGAGUACGACUGGGGGUGUUUUUAUUGACGUGGCGUAUGGAAUGCCGCAGACCAAGCUGAGAAUUGGUAUGAAUGAACGAGCGAGUAUGGGCUGGGUCGUGGUUGAUGGGCUGGUGGUGUUGUUGGAGCAGGGCAUUGCGCAGUAUGAGCUGUUUACAAGGAGGCCGGCGCCGGUGCAUGUGAUGAGGGGGGUGUUGAGGGAGUAUACGAAUGCGUCACUUAGCAGGUAG